UGAAAAACCUUUUCACCUCUCUCAACCAAAAACCCUAACUAGAAGGGAGACAUAACACAGCCUCUUCCUCGCCUGUAACUGUAACUUCUCUUUUUUGAUUGGAGUCGCGUUUGACGUUAACUUGAAGAUAAGAUGAGAUUGGAGAAGUGUUGGUUCUGUUCUUCUACUGUAUAUCCAGGACAUGGUAUUCAGUUUGUUCGGAAUGAUGCAAAGAUUUUCCGAUUUUGUAGAUCCAAAUGCCACAAGAACUUCAAGAUGAAGAGAAAUCCUCGUAAAGUAAAAUGGACCAAGGCCUAUAGGCGGUUGCAUGGGAAGGACAUGACACAGGACUCUACCUUUGAAUUUGAGAGGAAGCGUAACAGGCCAGAGAGAUAUGACAGAAAUCUUGCUGAAAACACUCUGAAGGCUAUCAAGAAGAUUGAUAAAAUCAGAGUAGCCAGGGAGGAAAGACACCAUAAACAGAGGAUGAAGGGGAAGAAAACCAAGGAACAGAGAGAGGCUGCCGUCGAAUUGGAGCAAGGAAUCCACCUGGUCAAAGCCCCAUCUGUUCUUGCACAAGAUCAAUCUCUCACCCUUCCGAAGGUCAAAGUCAAGGUCACUCAAGCACAAGCAGAGGAGAAUCAUGCUAUGGAAGAGUAAUUUUAGUUUUUGGGUGCAUUCUUGCUCCUCUCAUUUGUUAUAUAUACCAAAAAUGUCUUAUUUACAGCUCUUUGUUCAAGUGUCAAGAAGUUUGCUGUUUGUUGCAGCGAAAGUUUUCCCUGGAAUUUUAAUUGUACUUGCUUCAUUAAGCAUGUUCUUGUUUCUUUGAUAAUGUCAUUGUGUUUGUACUUCAUUUUUGGUCUA